CUGGAGAAGUCAUCAGUAGAAAUGCUCCACUGCCUCUGUGUUUGCACUUAAUGCGGGAUUGGAUGGUUUGAUACAAGUUGUAGCCACGGCGCCUCCAAGUGGGGAUGUUGGGGACUGUCGUGCACGGCGCGCGUGCAGGAGGAGGGAUCUGAGCCUUUUGCUUGGGCUGGACCGGGACGGCAGGGCGAACGGACGGCUCUUCUACGGGAACUAAGCGUACAUCCAGCGGUUUAAUUCCCGUUUACUUUGCCCCGUUCCCCUCUUUGUUUUUGUUUUGUUUUUUUAUUUUGGCUUUUUCCCUACUUGAAAUGCGGAGGUAGUCUACCGAAGACCAGUUGCGCACCAAGGACAAAACUUGUUGGAAAGAUUUUGGGAGAAGAUGAUGGGCUUAGAGGUUAUCGCCCUCUGUCUGCUCUUUGGAGCUUUGACACACGGUCAGGCUCCAGAGUGCACCAAAAGAAAUGAAUGUCCCAUUGAUGUGUACUUUACGAUUGACACAUCCGAGACCAUCGCUCUACAGGAGCCACCCCCUGGAUCACUGGUGGAGAGUAUCAAGUCAUUCACAAGGCUUUUUGCAGAGCGUCUGGAAGACCUUGAGUUCAGAGGAGCAGUGAAAAUCAGCUGGCGCCUCGGAGGACUUCACUUCUCACAGAGACAGGAAGUGUUCAGCGACAUGGCCUCUAAGAGCGAGUUCAUUAGUAGGGUCUUAAAUAUCCGUUACCUGGGGAAGGGCACCUACACCGACUGCGCCCUCACCAACAUGACCCAGCAGAUGGUGCGCUCAUCCUCCACAAACUCCAAAGCUCUGCGCUUUGCUGUGGUCAUCACAGAUGGUCAUGUGACAGGAAACCCAUGUGGAGGCAUCAAAGUGGCAGCAGAGAAAGCUCGCGACGAAGGCAUUCGCAUCUUUGUUGUGGCAGCUUCAAAGAACGUGGAUGAGAAUGGACUGAAGGAGAUCGCCAAUUCACCAGCAGCAGUCUACAGGAAUGAAUUCAUGGCUGUGGAUUUGAGCCAGGGGAGGGCGAUAAUUCAGGACAAAACAAUAGACCGCAUCAUUAAAACUAUGAAACAUUUGGCCUACACUGAGUGCUACAGCGUGUCCUGUCUGGAGACGCCUGGACCUCCUGGUCCAAAAGGCCACAGAGGACAAAAAGGAGCAAAAGGAGACAAUGGAGAACCAGGGCUAAAGGGAGAAAGGGGUCGCCCAGGAGAUCCUGGUAUUGAGGGUCCCAUUGGUCAGCCCGGUAUCAAAGGAGAACCUGGUCUAAAAGGCGAUAAGGGAGAGAUGGGAGCUCAGGGGAAGAAGGGCGCAGAUGGUGAAAAAGGACGUGAUGGAAGAGAUGGACAAAAGGGUAAAAUGGGACGCAUUGGCGCACCUGGCUGCAAAGGAGACCCAGGCGACAGAGGUGCUGAUGGUUAUCCUGGAGAUGUGGGUGAGCGUGGUCCUCCUGGAACUGAAGGAGAGAAGGGAGAUUCUGGUCGACCUGGGAGAUCUGGCCCACUUGGAGAGGCAGGAGAUUCUGGACCAGAGGGGGAGAGAGGAAAUCCUGGAUCACCCGGCCCCCCUGGACAAAAAGGACCUAAGGGGGCUCCUGGACUAGCUGGGCCCAGAGGAGAGCCAGGAAGAAGAGGGGACUCUGGGCCAAAGGGCGCUCAGGGGCCAGCAGGUCCUGCAGGUGAACAGGGUGAAACAGGACCAGAGGGUUUGAGAGGAUUCCCCGGUGACCCUGGAACUCAAGGGCAAAAGGGAGAUUCAGGUUUGCCUGGACCCAGAGGACCACCUGGGUCCCCUGGAGAGGCUGGACGCAAUGGAACCAGAGGAGAUCCUGGUGAUGCUGGACCACGAGGCGAGCCCGGCCUUGCAGGACCAAAAGGAGAUACUGGAAGACCUGGAUUUAGUUUUCCUGGAUCACGAGGCCCAUCAGGAGAAAAAGGUGAGAAGGGAAACCGAGGACCCCGUGGGAGCAGAGGAGACUGUGGGCAGAAGGGUGAACCAGGCGUUAAAGGUGUUCCAGGAGAACCAGGCGAGCCAGGACCUAGCGGUGAACCUGGUCCAAGGGGUCCACGAGGACCGAGUGGUCGUGAUGGGGAUCCUGGCCCUGAGGGAGAUCCUGGUCUGACAGAAUGUGACGUGAUGAAUUACAUCCGAGAGACAUGCGGCUGUUGUGACUGUGAGAAACGUUGUGGAGCCUUGGACAUUGUGUUUGUGAUUGACAGCUCAGAAUCAGUGGGACUUACCAACUUCACUUUAGAGAAAAACUUUGUCAUCAACACCAUAAACAGACUUGGAUCCCUUGCCACAGAUCCCAAUGCAGAGUCAGGCACGCGAGUGGGAGUUGUUCAGUAUAGUCACAGUGGGACCUUCCAGGCCAUCCGUCUUGACGACCCCAAGAUUGAUUCAUUAUCAAAGUUUAAGGAUGCAGUAAAGCGUUUGGAGUGGAUUGCUGGAGGAACCUGGACUCCCUCUGCUCUGAAAUAUGCCUAUGACAACCUGAUCCGGGACAGCCGAAGAGCCAAAGCCAAUGUCACUGUGGUGGUGAUCACAGAUGGGCGCUUUGACCCCAGAGACAAUGACACACUGCUCACUUACCUGUGCAGUGACUCACGUGUUGACGUGAGCGCUAUUGGCAUUGGAGACAUGUUUGACCAAGUCGAGGAGAAUGAGAUCCUGAAGAGUAUUGCCUGUCAGAGGGAUGGCAGGGUCCUGGGCAUGAGGCGUUUUGCUGACCUCGUGGCUGAAGAGUUCAUCGACAAGAUUGAGACAGUCCUCUGCCCUGAUCCUGUUGUGGUGUGUCCUGAACUACCUUGUAAAUCAGAGCCAGCUGUUGCCAGUUGUGUCCAGAGGCCUGUGGAUAUAGUGUUCCUGUUGGACGGCUCAGAGAGGAUGGGUCUGGAGAACCACCGUCACGCCAAAGAGUUCAUCGAGAACGUGGCUCGCCGCCUGACUUUGGCUAAUGGUCCUUCAGACGAGAAGAACGCCCGUGUGGCUCUCCUGCAGUAUGGCAGCCCCACGGAGCAGAGAGUGGAGUUUGCCCUCAAACACAACCUCACUGAGAUCGCUGAUUCACUGGCUGCUGUCAAGUACAUGGACUCCUCCUCUGCUCUGGGCAGUGCCAUCAUCUAUGCAGUCAACAACCUAGUUCUCUCUCAGCGAGAUCGUGUGGCUCGACGUAAUGCUGAAGUGGCUUUUGUUUUCAUCACUGAUGGCAUCACUUCAACUGAGCAACUGGAGGAGGGUGUGUCAGCCAUGAGGAGGGCAGAGGGUGUUCCCACGGUGAUCGCCAUGGGCUCAGACACAGAUGAGGAAGUGCUGAGAAAGGUGGCGCUUGGAGACAUGACAGCUAUUUUCAGAGGAUCCGACUAUUCCAUGCUGAACAAACCAGCAUUUUUUGAGCGGUUCUUCCGCUGGAUAUGCUAGUGGAUAUGCUAGGCCUGUAAUGCUUACCACCACAGUAACUAUCCAUAGGACAGGCCCAGCACCAGUGUUACUGUACAGUUAAGAUUUUACCAGAUGGGAGGCACUGGGUUACUGCUGAAAGGUAAUUUCAAUCCAACUAGUCCAUGUACAUGAAAAGACACACACAAACUGCAUAGUUCAGUGUUCUGUUCAUCCCAUGAACAACCAAAGACUCCCCACCCAAAGACAUCAACACUGUCCUAAAGGAGGUCUAUGAUUAUUGAAUGUGUAACUUGGGGCUUUAUUUUGUUCUCAUUUAGUUUCCAUUUCCAAAAAGGUUUUUCACUGUUUGUCAUGUAAGUCAGUAUAUUCAUUAAAGGUGCUAAAAAGGAGAAAGCCAUGUGACUGGUUUUGAAAUGUUUACUCCAUAAAGUAACUACUUAAUAUAGGUUGUUUAUGCUGAAGACGUUUUUUUUCCCAGGGAUACAAGCACAAGCACGCCCUACGCCAAAACACGAACAUCUCACAUUUUCACUCAUGCACACUUUUUUCAACAUUCACAAUCACAAAGAAAUGUCAAAUGUACAAUCAGAAUGUACAAAUCCAAAUAAACUCUAACUUGGUGAACCCAAAA